AUGACUUCCACUUCUAGACAGUUGGCUCUCAUUGCGGGUGCGCCGCCGCAGACACAGACAGGACCUAGCAACGGGAGAAGACACUGCUGGGAGUGUCAGCGGCGACGAUUAGUCUGCGACUCGGCACGUCCCGUCUGCUCGAAAUGCAAGACUAGCGGCGUCGUGUGUCCCGGGUACGAGGACAAGAAGCCGUUGACGUGGCUGGCCCCUGGCAAGGUCAAGACCCGAACAUGGAAGCGGAAAAGCCCGCCGGCCAACAAGAAGACGGACGAUAACUCAAAGAAAGGUCCAAAAGGGACGGUUGAGUCGGAACUUGCAAAGGCGGUGAGAUGCGACGUAUCGGCCACUCGGUCGCACCACCCUGUGCAUAUCUUUCCUGGGUAUGAAUUGAGAGAUGAAACUUGUGACAUUAUCGAGGCUACGCUCUACUGGAACGAGCAGGUUUACCCCUUUUUUGCAGCGAAUCAGUUGACAAACAGUCCGUGGCUCGUGCCAGUGUCCUAUAUCCAGUACAUGGGAGUCCCUAUCCAACACGCUCUUGUUGCCAUGGCCAUCGACCACCGCAUGCUCCGCCUGUCCAAGAAGAAGAACGACAUGUAUCAAGCCGAGGUGCGGGCGCGAUUCCAUCAGCAUCGAUGUACAGCAAUCCACGCCUUGAACGAAGAGAUUGGCAAUGAAAAGAGGAGAAUCUCUGACCACACGAUGGCGGCUGUGGUGGUGUUCUUGUAUGCAGAUCUCAUGGGAUCGGUGACAGCUUCCAACUGGCGGCACCACUUGAACGGCUUCAUGGCAAUCAUUGAGAUGCGGGGUGGCUUGAAAAGUCUUUGCGAAGCCGCAGCGGGCUACAAGACCGUAGUUCUUUUCUGCAAAAUCAUCGAGAACAUGGCCAACACAACCAGCCCAGCACACGAUCAAGUGUCACCCCUGCUCAAUUUCAAGAUGAGAGACCUCAUCUCGGAAAUCUACAAAACAGGAUACUACCCAUUCCUGCCCUGUCCCGCAGAGCUCUUCAUCGACAUCAUCGACAUCAACCGUCUCCGGUACCUCGCAACCGAGCAAGAAUCAUCAAACACGCUAAACGCACUCCAGACAGAAGCCGAAGACCUCCUCGAGCGCAUCAUAAAUUUCUCCCCGGAAAAUUGGUCGGCCGCCAAGACAGAAUCGCAAGAAGAGUUCUCGACGAUGGCGCAGGUGUACCAGUCCGCCGUCGCGGUCUUCGCCAUCGCGUCCCUCCAGAGCGUAGGCGUGAUACCUGCGUCUGCGGGCUGGCGGGCCGUCAAGACGAUACACAACGGCAAGCUCUUUGCUCUUCUCGAGAAGGCGGCCGGGUCGCAGGUCCUAAGGAGCUGCGUCAUGUGGCCGAUGAUUGUGGCAGGGUUCGAGGCCAAGACGGGGACCGCUGCGGCGCGGUCGUUUAUUGCUAAGCGAUUAGCUGAUGAGAGUAGUUUUCUGGGUGCGUAUUUGCCUCUGGCGACAAAGGAUAUACUAGAGAGGUUUUGGUCGUCUGGGAGUAGAGACUGGGAUGAAUGCUUCGAUACACCUUACGCUCUGGUUACUUGA